CAGAUGAAGAUGGACCCAUUCUGAAAAAAUCUCAUAUAAUUCACUAUACACUGGAUUACAAGGCAUCUACACUUGCCAUUAAUUCUACCAUCUUUCGAUACUUCCCUGUCAAUGCGCUGAGCAAUUUUGGUGUGCUUCGUGCUGAUCCUGAAUAUGCAUAUUUUGACAGAACUCAAUACAUAUCAACACUCAGCUAUUUCAAAGAUCCAGUUAUACUUUUCCUGCGACCGCGCCGGUUUGGCAAAUCACUGACUCUCAGUAUGUUGGCCCAUUUCCAUGGGAUUGAACACAAAAAACACUACAAUGAGCUUUUUAAAGACCUUGCGAUCAAUGAAGACGUCAAAGCUGGAAAAAUCUGCCCGAGUCAAUACCUUGUGUUAACUUUUGAUUUUGCUGGUCUUAAUCGCUCUCAUGACUUCCAAGUUGCA